GUAGGCACUAUAUAAAUUUUAAUUUAAUAAAUUUUUUUUAAAAAAAAGACAUUAAUAAAUUAGUUAUUUUAAAUUCAGAAUUUUAUUCUAUCAGUAAUUUUUUGGUCUUGAAUUGAAGUAGAGCUUAUUUAUAAUGGGUAGUUCAACAAUCAUUUUGUUCUUUUUAUUUUUUUAUUUCUGCGGUGAACCGAUUGCAGCAAACAAUCCGACGGGUGCGGGAGACUGUGACUAUUCUAAAAAAGUAAUGUGCCAUAUCAAAGGAAACAUGCAGGCUAGUAGCCCAGAUUUAGUUAAUCUAGAACCUAAAGACAUACCACCUGAAUGUGAAGUUAUUGUUUAUGGCCGAGCUCGAAUCGACGAAAACUCUGUAUUAAAAGUGGAUGAAGAAUAUCUCAAAUCAUUGACAGAAUUGAAUAAGCCUGUGAUUGUGACACUCUCAAGAGGAAAAUUAUUCAGUGGAUGGGUUAAAGUAUUAACGCCUGAUGGUAAUACUAAAGAAACAAAUAUGUUAUGUGAAUUCGCAAAAAAACACAAAAUACAGGGAUACAUUCUGAAAUCUCUUACACCACAACCCAAUGAAAAAUACAAUGAGGACGUUGGAAAGUACAUUAUAUCUUAUUUAAAACAAUUAAAUUGUUGCCCUGAUUUGAUAAUCGGUGUCGCUGUUGAUCCACAUUUUUUAUCUGUACUUACUAAUGAACGCUUGUUAAAUUUUUGUGAAAUGAACGAUUUAGUGACCUUCUACUAUAUUCAAACGUUUCGAUUGAAUUAUUGUGAUCCUAAAUUGUAUAAUGGCUUGACACCAAUUGGAAAAAGUAAUCCAAAUGCUCCCAAAAAUCUCUUCAUAAUGGAAGAUGUAGUAACAUAUCUAAAGGAAUCAAAAAUAGAUUUUACAAAAGUAUCAUUUGUUGUUGAUAUUAUCCCAGAUGACAUCAAUGCAAAAGUUUUUAGUUCAUAUUCACAAGUGUGUAAGGGAAAAUUUGAUUGUUCAACAUGGUGUGUACAAACUACUAAAAAUUUAUAUGAUAAGGGGAAAUAUGUUAAAGACCUUCAAUGUGGAAUUAUGGUCAUGAUUUUAGAUCUCGAUGAUAUCCAGAACGACUGUGAAUGCGAUUCACCGUUUUUUGGAUUUAAGAACGUAAUUGCUGGCUUCACUGGUGGUUCACAUACACCAUGUCAGAAGUUUGACGUUCAAUCAAUGGGAUUUCCAUUUUAUUGAUUUUGAAAUUUAACCAAAUUUAAAAUAAUUUUUGACCAAUUGUAUUAUACAAGGAUUCAAAAUAUUAAGUUAGAGACAUUUUAUUUAUUGAUUAUGGUAGUGUUUUGAAUCUUAAAUAGAAAAUAUUAAAUUUUUAAGUAAAACACAAUAUUAUGUA